AUGGUUGAAUACAGGAAACAAAGACAACAAUACUUAGAAAUACAAUUGACAAGAGCCAAAAUGCAACAAGAAGAGAAAAUAGAAGAACAAAGGCAAAAAGCCCAAGAAAAAGAAAGAAUUACAGAAGAACAGAAGAAAAUGUAUGAAUUGAAGAAACAAAAAGAAAGAAGAGAGUUCCAAGAAAGAGAAGAACAAAAGAAACAAAGAGCAACAGAAAACAUACAAAGAGAUUAUGAAAGAAAACAAGAAAGAUUACAGAAAAUGACAGAAAAAGAAUUAAUCGUUAGCCAAAGAUUAAACGCAAUUGAAGCUGAGAAACAAAAAGAACUUAAACAGAAAGCUCAAAGUGAACAUGAAAGUUAUAUUCAACGUGUUAAAAUGCUUGAAGAAAAGCAAGAGAAAGAAAGACAAGAAAAAGAAAAAGCGCUUGAAAGAUAUAAUGAAAUUGAGUUGAGACAAAGACAAACAAUAGAAAUGGCAAGAAGAGAGAAAGAAAAGAAGGCUCUUAUGCAAAGAGUAGAAAGAGAACGUAAGAGUGCUAAUGCGGCAAGAGAAGAAAGAGCUCGAACUGUUGCUAACGAGAAAAGGCAAAGAGAAUUUAAUCAAAGAAUGAGAAAAUUGAAGAAAACAGAAGAAAUUAAACAAGAAAUGCGCGCGAAAAGACAAAAAGAAGCCAUCAAAAUACAAAGGCAAAGAGAGGAAAUAUUGUCUCAGAUGUCUUCUUUCUCGAAUGUUCCAAUGGAUGCUCAAGAAGAAAGACUGAGAAAACUUGCCCAACAAUUUGAUUUAUCAUAUGAUGAAUUAAAGGAGAAAACAUUCAGUAGAUCGGGUGGAUUACCUCCUUUAACAGGGAACUCGACAUCUAGAUCUAAUGCUUCUAAGAGAUCAUCUUCUCAGAUGUCAAAGAGAAGUGAAAAUAGGAAUAAUGAUUCUUAUGAUUUCGAUUGA